AUGUCAUUUGACAUACAAUAAUAAAAAAAGACGCAAGAAAAUAAAACCACAAUGGUAAAUGAAAUGAUGGUUCAAAAUAUAUCUAUUUAAUCUGAAAUGAAGACAGUGCCAUUAAUAAAAAAAUAAUAAAGCAAAAGAAAAUUCAAAAGGGCUACCACUAUAAUUGAUGAUGAUGAUGAUAUUUAUAGAGGGCCUUUUGAGGAUGGAAGAGUAACAAGAAUGAUCUUCGAAAAAUGCAGAUUAAUUGAAUUAACUAGAUUUUGGUUUAUUUUGGCAUGUUUAAUACUAACGAUCUUAGAGGUAUAAAUGUUUUGAAUUAGUAUGAAUAUAGUUUUUCAACAUUCAUAUAAAAUACAAUGGAAUAUGAACUAAAUAUACUGUUGUAUUUAAUUUUCUGUAUGUCAAUAAUUAUUGCUUUGUUGACAAUCAUAGCCUACUUGAUAGAACUUGAAUAUAGAAAAUGUUCUAAAAUAAUUUCCAAUAAGGCAUCAAUUUUAUAAACUGAAUUAAAAUGGGGAUUAUUAUGUGAAAUAUUGAUAAUAAUUCCAACAUCAAAUCCUUUCACUAGGAAUUUUAAUGUAAGUUUUGAAUAGAGAGGAACAGGAGAAUAAAGAUUUUACACAGUAAAUGAAAUUCUGACAUAUUUGAUGUUUUUUAGACUCUAUUUGUUACUUAAUAUAGGGUUUAAAUUUUAAGAAUAUUAUUCAAAUCAAAUAGGAAGAGUAAGGUAAUAAUUAAUAAAUAAAUUUUGUUAGUUGUUUAUAUAGAACUCGUUUUGGAACUCAUCUGAUGCUAAAAUUAUGCAUACGUUAAUUCCCAUUCUAUACUUUAACUUGGUUAUUUAUAGUUGGUUUCAUAUAAUAUGCAUAUUAAUUAGAGAUAUCAGAAAGACCUCUCUUAAGAACUUUUGAAACAAUAGAAUAUUAUGAUUUCACUAAACAUUUGUGGGUUAAUAUGAUAACUAUAGCUACGGUAGGUUAUGGAGAUUUCUUUCCUUAUACAGAUUUAGGUAGAAUAGCAAUGACUUUGGGAUUAUUUUAUGGUGUUACAAUAACAUCUUUAUUUACAGCUAUUUUAUAUAAUAUGUUAUAGCCUAAUUCAGGAGAAUAUCAAUCUUGGGCAUUGUUGGAUAAAACAAAUAUAACAAAGAAUAUUAAAAAAGCAAGUUCAAGGAUAUUUUAUUAUUUAAAUGAAUUAAGAAAAGGAAAGAAAAUUACCAAAACUUAGGUUGUCAAUCUUAAUUUGGAAGACACACUUUAUAAUCUUGAAAGAUUUUUACAAGAUGUAGGAAUGUUGAAAAGGUAAUUAAUUAUUUAAUUAUCUAUUAGAAUGCAUAGAGAUAUUGAUGGAGAAGAAUUUUAAGAAAUGGUCAAAAGGAAAUUUGGAGAUGCAAAUUCUAAAUUUAAAGAACUUAAAUAAUAAAUGUAGAAAUUCAGUCGAUAAUAAAUAGUAAUAUAAAAUAUUCUCUAUAAAUUAUCAUAAAAUGAGAUUAGUGCAAUAGAAUAGAAGUAAGAAUAGAUGAAUCAAUUUUCACUUAAAUAUAAUAAUGAAGAGAUAAUCAGUAAAGAUGAUGAGUUUUUCAAUAAUUUAGAAGAUUCACAAAGGGAUUCAUAUUUAAUGAGUUUUCACAAUUGA